GCGAGCGGCGCUUACGAUGGCGCUGGCGGCGAGCGCCGCGUCAGGAGCCAUGGGCUUCCUGCCUACAUCCCCUGUCUCCUCCUCUUUCUCUUCAGCUCACAGAUCCUCCAUCUCUCAGAGAGAGGCUCCUGGUGUCGUCGUCGGCAAAGAGGCUCCUCGUCCCUUGCGAAGUGCCAGACAAGGUGUUGCAGGGGCGUCCAUGAAGGGUUACGAGAUCGACAUGACAGGAAAGGUUGCCUUCAUCGCAGGCGUUGCGGACUCCACGGGGUAUGGCUGGGCCAUCGCGAAGCAGCUCGCGGAGGCAGGAGCUACCAUCAUUGUCGGAACUUGGCCUCCUGUGCUCUCACUGUUUGAGAGGGGCCUGAAGAAGGGAUUCGGUGAAGAUUCUAAGCUGAAGGACGGCUCAAUGAUGAAGGUGGAGAAAGUAUAUCCUCUUGACGCCAUGUUCUCCACUCCUGAAGAGAUUCCAGAGGAGACGAAGAGCAACAAGCGAUACGCUGGCAUCACAGGCUACGACAUCAGGUCCUGCGCCGAGGCGGUGGCGAAGGAUUACGGCAAGAUCGACAUCCUCGUUCACUCCCUGGCCAACGGCCCUGAGGUGACGAAGCCGCUGCUGGAGACUUCCCGCGCGGGCUACUUGGCCGCCUCCUCCGCCUCCGCCUACUCCCUCGUGUCCAUGACGAAGCACUUUGGGGAGAUCAUGAACCCCGGAGGGUCGAUCCUGUCCUUGACCUUCAUCGCCUCGGAGAGGGUGGUGCCCGGGUACGGUGGAGGCAUGUCCUCAGCCAAGGCGCAGCUGGAGAGCGACACCAAGGUGCUCGCAUGGGAGGCGGGCAGGAAGUGGGGCAUUCGCGUCAACACCAUCUCUGCUGGGCCCCUUGCCUCCAGGGCAGCUGUGGCUAUCAAGAAGGGAGGGCCCGGAGAGCGCAACUUCAUCGACUACUGCAUCGACUACAACAUCGCCAACACUCCCCUCCCCGAUCCUCUCAACGCUGACGACGUCGGACGCGCUGCCCUUGCCCUGUGCUCAGAGCUCGGCGGCGCCAUUACCGGCACCUGCCAGUACGUGGACAACGGAAUGCAUGCUAUGGGCCUGGCCGUGGACUCCUCCUGCUUCGCUGAGUAUCUUGACAAGCAGCAGGGAGAGCCUUGGGACAACUGGAAGCCUGAGGUCGGUUUCGAGCGCAACGGCCUUCCCUACGGGCCCAAGGCCAAGGCUGCCCCGGUGGAGGAGAAGGAGCCUGCACUCAAGUGAGGAUUUGAUCGUGCACUCACCCAUAAGGAAGUGCAGCCUGUUGAUAACUGUUGACCUGACAAGGCGAUCUGAACAUUCUGAGCAUUGGCCGUGAGGGGAGUGUUGACAUGGUAUGCUCACGUUUUUUCAAUGUUUGUUUAUCGUUAGCGAAUGAAUAAAUUGGAUAAUACAC